UGGCCCAGCGGCUGCUGGGUCGGCUGCUGGCGGUGGUGGCGGGCGUGUGUGAAGCCAGUGGACGCCGCCGCGGGUCUCCAGGUGAGGCCUGCCGACGGUCCCGUCUGCGCGCUACUCGGGCUCGCCGGCAAGUUUCCUCCGGCGACUUGCGGCCCCACAUCACCCGGCCCUGGAGUGACCGCGCCCGGGUCCGGCUGCUCGGUCUGCGGUGGGGCUGCCAGACACCAUUGCGGAGGCUGGUUACAGCCGAAUUUCAGAUAACAGCGAAUGAUGUCUGCAUAGGUGAAGAUGUUACCAAGUACUUCGGUGAACUCCCCAGUGCAGGGGAACGGAGUGUUGAGUUCCAGGGAUGCAGCCAGACACACAGCCGGAGCAAAACGCUACAAAUACCUGAGGAGGCUUUUCCGUUUCCGGCAGAUGGACUUUGAGUUUGCUGCCUGGCAGAUGCUCUACCUAUUCACUUCCCCACAGAGAGUUUAUAGAAACUUUCACUAUAGGAAGCAGACGAAAGAUCAGUGGGCCAGGGAUGACCCGGCUUUCUUGGUCCUGUUAAGUAUCUGGCUCUGUGUGUCCACGAUAGGAUUUGGCUUUGUACUGGACAUGGGGUUUUUUGAGACGAUAAAGCUGCUCCUUUGGGUGGUAUUCAUAGACUGUGUAGGCGUCGGUCUUCUCAUAUCAACCUUAAUGUGGUUUAUCUCCAAUAAGUAUUUAGUGAAACGGCAGAGCAGAGACUAUGAUGUGGAGUGGGGCUAUGCCUUCGAUGUGCAUCUGAAUGCUUUUUAUCCUCUCCUGGUCAUUUUGCAUUUUAUACAGCUUUUUUUCAUCAACCAUGUCAUCCUAACAGACACAUUUAUUGGAUAUUUAGUUGGAAAUACCUUAUGGUUGGUUGCUGUUGGCUACUAUAUCUAUGUAACUUUCUUAGGAUACAGUGCACUGCCGUUUUUGAAAAACACAGUGACUCUCCUCUACCCGUUCGCACCGCUCAUCCUGCUGUACGGACUGUCUCUAGCGCUGGGCUGGAACUUCACCCACGCGCUGUGCUCCUUCUACAAGUACAGAGUGAAGUGAGCCGGGGGCCCGACGUCUGAGCAGCAGCAAAGUGUUGGUGAGGUGGUGAUGUCUCAUGAAACCUGUAAAUACACUAUCACUGUAGAUAUCUUAAAGGUAUGAAGUUUGCAGAUUUGAAGAAGUGUAAAUGUUAAUACUUAGUACAUUCCUUAAAACUAAUUAAAUGUACAUUUCUACAAUAAAUAUUUUUUAAACUAAA